AUGAUUAAAGGAUGGAAACGUGACAUUGAAGGUCGACGAGAUGAAGCAAGAAACUAUUUAAUUUCAGGUGAAAAUACUCUGGAAGUGCGAGAUGAUGAAACACAGAUUGAAGUCGUAGCAACUGAAAUUCCAACAAGUCCCAUUAAAACGAGAGCUACAAGAGUUCCACCUGUGACUACAACCAAUGCAAUAUUAUUUCCAACAAAACAAGAUAUUAUCAGACAAUUUACACUAAGCACUCAGCAAAAAUAUGCUUUUAUGAUUAUAACUAGUCACUUAGAUGGCGAAAAUCAUGCUCAUACCGAUACUAUCGAUAAUCAGUUAUUAAUGUGCAUACCUGGUUGCGGUGGUACUGGAAAAUCUCAGUUAAUUCGUGCAAUUACCAAGUAUUUUCAAGUAACUAAGAGGGGCAAGAUGUUGUGUAAACUGGCGCCCACGUCUAUAGCAGCAGCUGAGAUUGACGGAUUAACUAUCCAUUCAUUUUUAGGUGAAAGUCGCAAAAACAGUAAAAAGAAACAAACCCGUACAUUUAGACCUGGCGAUACGAAAUUGGAAAAUGAAUGGCGUCAUGUGAAGUACUUGAUAAUCGAUGAGAUGAGUAUGGUAGGACUUAGCCUAUUAGCUCGUCUCAAUCGAAUAGUGAAAACAGCCAAGCACGUAAAUUCUGAGAUACCUUUUGGUGGUGUCAAUGUCAUUUUCUUUGGCGACUAUCU